AUGGCUAAAAACGAAGGCAAGGACCAGGUCUAUUACUUAAGCGAGAAUGAGUUUUGGUCGGAUAUCAAGGAUGAAUAUAUUCAGCGAAUUGCAGAGAUGGAUCCAAAUGAUGUGUACCCGUCAAAUAAUCCAGGACCCACAAAUCCUGAUGGAUCGGUGAACUUUGAAUGUCACUGUGUCGGUCAUCUUGUUGCCAGUCCUUGUGGACAUGAGUUUAGGGAAGCCAUCACAUGUCAAAAGUCUGCCACAGAAGAAGAGCUUGAAGCAGGAAAAUGUGGCGAGGAAUUAUUAGCAUUUAUGGAAUGUGUUAUGCGGACACAAUGUUUUAAAAGUAAGACUGUGUUAUUUCUUUGUUCCUAUAUCGUAAACCUUUUUAUACAUCAACUCAAACUUUGUGAUUUCAGCGUCGCCGAAAGAUGA